AUGAACACCAAGGCAGAAGCAAACACAUGGGCGGAUACACCAUUCGCCCUCCUCAACAUUCCCGGUCAACCAAACACACCAGCAUGCACGAAUGCCGGUGUUCUCAGUGUCGCCACAGAGAUGGCCAAUGUUCACAACGUCUUGCUCCGCGCUCUAAAUUCCGUAUAUCACCAAGCGCCCUUCAUUCAACUCCCUGGCGAUGUAGCGGAUCUUAUGCUAUACGUCACCGCAUGGGCGGAUACCGUGCACCACCACCACUCCCUUGAAGAGGCUAUGUUCUUUCCAAAGAUAGAGCAGAUCGCAAGAGAGGCUGGAAUAGAUGGCUGGGAAGGCAUGAUGGGAGGAAACGUGGACCAGCAUCAUGAGUUUGAGCCGAAGAUUGCAGGGCUGGUGAAGUGGGCCGAAGAAGUUGGGGCUGGACAGAGAACGUAUGACGCGGCGGAACUGAAGAGCCUGAUCGAUGAAUUCGCACCCGUCCUCACUCAGCAUCUACAUGACGAGAUCCAUACCUUGAUAAGACUCGAGGACUGCGACGGGGAGAAGAUCAAGCAGGCGAUGAAAGACGUAGCUGACGAAGGAGCAAAAACUGCUGAUCCGAAUCUUGUCAUCCCGCUGGUACUUGGCUGUGUCGACAGAAGCUACCCUGGUAGUGGAAACUUCCCACCUGUCCCGUUCUUCAUCCCGUACCUGAACGCAUAUUGGUUCACGCGAAAGCAUAAGGGUGCUUGGAGGUUCAAUCCAAGCGAUCACUGGGGCAAUCCAAGGCCGUUGCACUCCCCGGAGCUCCGCAAUUGUAUCUACAACUAUGCACAAGACCCACGCGAUGUUCGUCUGAUCCACAAGCCCACCCAGCAACACGAGCAGACAAAUAAGACUCAACCACAGUUCUUCGGUCUCACACAAGUCUGCCGCCAGCUUCGGUCAGAGUAUCUACCCAUGUACAUGGCGCAGACCAAAGUUCAUAUUCAGUGCCAGGACUCGCUUUCUUACAUCAAGACCUUCAUUCUUCCUACCGGUACAGACCCUAAGCAAGCUCGCGGAAACCUCAUCGUCCAAUUACCAGACCAGUGGUAUGAAUCUCGGGGCGCAUCACCCCCUCAAAAGGACAUCAUAGAGGCCAUAAAUCUCUGCAGAAGCGCUCCACAGGUUAACAUAGCCUUCGCGCUACGCGAUGUCCCGCUAUCGCAGAGCCGUUUUGCAAGCCGCCGUAUGCAGGAUAUUCUGCGCGACCUCGAACAGCCGGAAGCUACGCCUGAGCUGCACGAUUUCAUCCAAAACUCCGUCGAGCAUGUAGAGUGUUGGAUAGAGAUGCGGCUCGAUGAUUCGAGUUAUCACUUGAAUGAUUACGUCCAUGUAGUAUUCAACGUCGAUGAGGAGUGGAAAGAUUGCUUGACGGAUGGGUGA